GCACUAAAGACGAUCUUCACAAGUGAUAAUGCGGAAGUGGUUGAGCUGCUUAGUCACAGCCCACUCAACCAGUGUUUUGGUUUAGUUUCACAAUUGGGCGCGGUGCUCGUACACUUCUGCUGUGUAAAUAACUUCUAUGUUUUUAUAUUGUCAUUGAUAAUGAGUACCACUGUAGAAAUUGAGGAUUCAGAAAAAUUCCAGUCUGCUAUAUCGUCGGUGAGAUCAGAUGAUGGAGAACUGGUUCGUCAGAGUUGGGUUUUGAUCGGUCAUGUCGAUCAGAAUCCAAACAUGAUACAUAUCGUUGACAACGAUAACAGUCCCGGAGCUCAGAUCAGCGGUUUUGUGUCUGGAUUGCAGGAGGAUAUGGUAAUGUAUGGCCUCUUGCGUCAUUCAGUUACCGUGGAUAUGUCAGCUACAAUCAAGUUUAUCUAUGUUCAUUGGAUUGGUUCAAAAGUUGCUCCAUCAAAGAAGGGUCGGUACGGUGUUGUUCACGGAAGUGUGAAAGCUAUUAUUGGAGACAGUCAUCUUACAAUUGAAACAAGCAGUUUAGAUGAUCUGAAUUUAGAGUUGAUAACUAAACAGUUGGAAGAAAGCAGUGGAGUCUACAAUAAAGUUUUGGAAAAUGAUCAACAUGGUUUGCCAGAGAGAGGUUUCACACAGCAUCAGGUUAAAGACAAAAAAAAAACUGUUACAGGGAUAGUGGUACCUACAGGACCAGGAAUCAAAGUGGAUGAUGACGUUCUGACUGGAAUUCAAAAUGUACGUGAUGAUGAAAAUCCCUUAACGUGGGUAGCUGCUGGUUAUGAAAAUGGGGACGUCAAGAAACCACUUGUAAAAUGUUCGGAAGGCUCUGGGGAUACUGAGGAGAUACGAGAAAUAUUGGCAGACGAUCAAGUGUGCUACAUUUUGUACAGGAAAACAGAGAUUGUUCAUGAGGUUCCAACUAUUAAGUUUAUCUUCAUUACAUGGGUUGGUGAGAAUGUGAAACCUAUGACUAAAGCCAAAGUUUCAACAAAGAAAUCAGCAGUGCAAGACAUUUUCAAAACAGCUCACUUUACAUUGUUUAUGUCAUCAAAAUCAGAAUUGACGGAAGCUAGUAUUAAAAGUGCAAUGAGCAUCAGUGGUUGAUCAAACAAACAGAAAGAAUGAUCCUCAUUGCAGACACAUAGUUAAAGCUAGCCUUGCUUGCAGGUUACAGCAGUUUUAAAGAUGUAUUGUUCCUUAAAAAUUACAAAAAAUUAUU